AUGGCUCAGUCUCAAACCACCGAGGGAGCUUCCCAGGUGGUCGAAUCAGUCAAAUUCAGUUUCAUGACUGAGGAAGAUGUUCGACAGCAUAGUUUCCUCAAAGUUACAAAUCCUGUAUUGCUCGAUAACGUUGAGAGACCUGUUCCUGGCGGUCUCUAUGAUCUUGUAUUGGGUCCUUUAGAUGACAGGACGCCUUGUAAAUCAUGUGGUCAGCUCAGCCUUAGUUGUCCAGGACAUUGUGGCCACAUCGAGCUUGUCUAUCCUAUUUACCACCCUUUGCUGUUCAGUCUUCUUUUCAAUUUCCUGCAGAGGACCUGUUUCCUCUGUCAUCACUUUAUGGCGAAAAAGAAAGACGUUGAGAGAUGUGUUUCUCAGCUGAAAUUCAUCCUGAAAGGUGAUAUAGUUGCCGCUAAGCGGUUGGAUACCGAAGACAAUGAUUCAUCAGAAGAAGAAUGUGAAGAUCUUGACAUGGGGAAGGAGAGAUGGACAUCUCUGCAGUUUGCAGAAGUCACUCGUGUUAUGAACAAAUUCUUUAGGUUGAAAUCAAAGAAGUGUGACAAGUGCGGGGGACAACCUUGCAAACUAGAGAAGCCCAUGUUCGGAUGGGUUCGCAUGAAUAUGAAAGGCUCCGCCGCUAGAGAUAAUGAAGUUCGUGGGCUUAAGCUAAAGACCAGUAUGGAAAUUUCCGAUAACUGUGAUGACAUUGGCAUCGAUGCAUUAUCGGAAGUCGAAGAUGGUGUUAAAGAGAAAAGGGGAAAAACUUCCGGAGGAAAGAAGCAGAAGGAGAAAAAAGACGUUUUGCCAAUUGAGGUCAAAGAAAUCUUAAAAGGUUUGUGGGAAAAUGAGCCUGAGUUUUGCUCCUUCAUUGGUGAUCUUUGGAAGAGUGGAUCUGAAAAAACUGAUUACUCUAUGUUCUUUUUGGAGAGUGUUCUUGUGCCUCCCACUAAGUUUAGAGCUCCAACAAAAGGAGGUGAUAGCGUUAUGGAACAUCCUCAAACCGUUGGGCUAGUUAAGGUGUUACAAGCCAAUAUAAACCUUGGGAAUGCCUGUACUAACAAAUUAGAUCAAUCCAAGAUAGUUUCCAGAUGGAUGAAUCUUCAAGAAUCAGUCAACGUCUUGUUUGAUAGCAAAACUGCCACAGUUCAAAGCCAGAAAGAGGGUUCCGGGAUAUGUCAAUUGCUGGAGAAGAAAGAGGGUCUAUUUCGGCAAAAAAUGAUGGGAAAGAGAGUGAAUCACGCAUGCAGAUCUGUGAUAUCUCCAGAUCCGUAUAUCGCAGUCAAUGACAUUGGAAUUCCUCCUGUUUUUGCUUUGAAAUUGACGUAUCCCGAGAGGGUGACUCCUUGGAAUGUUGAAAAGUUAAGGCAGGCUAUCAUUAAUGGUCCUGACAUUCAUCCGGGAGCUACACAUUACUCUGACAAAGUAUCUACACUGAGGCUGCCUCCUUCCAAAAAAGCACGAAUAGCAAUUGCAAGAAAAUUAUUCUCCUCACGAGGAGCCACUACAGAACUUGGAAAAACUUGUGAUAUCAACUUUGAAGGUAAAAUUGUCUAUCGACAUAUGCAAGAUGGCGACGUCGUCCUUGUGAAUCGUCAGCCAACAUUACAUAAACCUAGUAUAAUGGCGCACAUGGUCCGUGUUCUUAAGGGGGAUAAAGCACUUCGUCUCCACUAUGCAAAUUGCAGUACAUACAAUGCAGAUUUUGAUGGUGAUGAGAUGAAUGUGCACUUUCCACAAGAUGAGAUUUCACGUGCUGAGGCCUACAAUCUUGUCAAUGCCAACCACCAAUAUGCCAGGCCUUCUAAUGGUGAUCCACUUCGAGCUUUAAUUCAGGAUCAUAUCGUCAGCUCCGUUUUGCUUACUAAAAGGGACACCUUUUUGGACAAAGAUGAAUUCAAUCAGCUCCUCUUCAGUUCUGGCGUGACUGACAUGGUACUCGGUUCUUUUUCUGGAAGCUCUGGCAAGAAAGUCAUGGAACUAGCUUGUGUUGCAGAAUUAUUGACAGUCACGCCUGCUAUUUUGAAACCAGUUCCCCUUUGGACUGGAAAGCAGGUCAUCACUGUAGUGUUGGAUCAGAUAACCAAAGGUCACCCGCCAUUCACCGUAGAGAAAGCUACCAAACUUCCAGUUCAUUUCUUUAAAUGUAGAUCAAGAGAAGUAAAGUCUAAGAGUGAAGAAGUCAACAAUAAGAAGCAAGACGUUGAUGCGUCAUGGGAAAAAGAACUUAAUGAAGAUAAACUGCUCAUCAGUAAAAAUGAAUUUGUCUGUGGUGUAAUUGACAAGGCUCAGUUUGCGGACUAUGGGUUGGUUCAUACAGUGCAUGAGCUGUAUGGUCCAAAUGCUGCAGGAAAUCUGCUUUCCGUGUUUAGUCGUCUCUUUACAGUCUUUCUUCAGACUCACGGUUUCACCUGUGGAGUUGAUGAUCUUAUUAUUUUGAAAGAUAUGGAUGAAAAGAGGACAAAGCAACUCCAAGAAUGUGAAAAAGUUGGUGAAAAAGUACUUCGUAAGACUUUUGGCAUUGGUGUUGAUGUUCAGCUAGAUCCUCAUGACAUGAAAUCCAGAAUUGAACGUAUUCUUUACGAGGACGGGGAACCUGCCUUGUUAUCUUUGGACAGGAGCAUCGUAAGUGGGCUCAACCAGUGUUCAGGCGAGGGUGUGAUGAACGAUUUGCUGUCUGACGGAUUACUGAAAACACCAGGAACGAAUUGUAUAUCGCUGAUGACAAUAUCUGGGGCUAAGGGCAGUAAGGUAAACUUCCAGCAAAUCUCUUCACACCUUGGCCAGCAAGAUUUAGAAGGAAAAAGAGUUCCCCGAAUGGUGUCUGGGAAGACAUUACCGUGUUUCCAUCCAUGGGACUGGUCCCCUAGAGCUGGUGGUUUUAUUAGCGACAGAUUUCUUAGCGGUCUCCGGCCCCAAGAAUAUUACUUCCAUUGCAUGGCUGGACGAGAAGGGUUAGUUGAUACUGCAGUGAAGACGUCACGUAGUGGGUAUCUGCAGAGAUGCUUAAUGAAAAAUCUUGAGAGCCUAAAGGUCAACUACGAUUGUACUGUCCGGGAUGCUGAUGGGUCCAUUAUCCAGUUCCAAUAUGGUGAAGAUGGCGUGGAUGUUCACCGGUCUAGCUUCAUUGGAAAGUUCAAAGAACUGGCACUCAAUCAAGAGAUGAUACUCCAAAACUGCAGUGAAGACAUGCUAUCUGGAUCCAGUGGUUACAUCACCGAUCUCCCUAUUACUCUUAAGAAAGGAGCACAGAAGUUUGUAGAGGCAAUGCCUUUGAAUGAACGUAUUGCCUCUAAAAUGGUGAGACAAGAAGAUCUACUGAAGCUAGUGAAAUCAAAAUUCUUUGCAAGUCUCGCCCAGCCAGGGGAGCCUGUUGGUGUUCUUGCUGCCCAGUCUGUAGGAGAGCCAUCAACACAGAUGACGCUAAACACUUUCCAUCUUGCUGGACGUGGAGAGAUGAAUGUGACGCUGGGAAUUCCGCGUUUACAAGAGAUUUUGAUGACUGCUGCGGUAGACAUUAAGACGCCAAUUAUGACAUGUCCAUUGCUGAAGAGCAAAACAAAAGCUGAUGCAAAACGUAUUACUGAUAAGCUGAGGAAGAUUACGGUGGCAGAUAUAAUGAAGAGUAUGGAAGUUUCCGUUAUACCGUACGCGAUUCAUGAGGAUAAAGUGUGCAGUAUUCACAAGCUUAAGAUAAAUCUCUAUAAGCCAGAUCAUUAUCCGAAGCAUACUGACAUAACUACAGAAGACUGGCAAGAGACGAUGGAAGCUGUGUUUUUGAGGAAGCUGGAAGACGCUAUAGAGACUCACAUGAAAAUGCUUUUUAGAAUGAGGGGCAUACAGGAUGAGAAAGAAGACGCUCGUCCAAAAUCUGGAAAUGACGUGGAUGAUGAGGAUUCCGUCAGUGGAAAACAGACUGAAGAUAAUGACGAUGAUGAGGACGAGGGGACAGAGGUUGAUGAUCUUGGUUCAGAUGCACAGAAAGAGAAGAAGCAAGCAAUAGAUGAGAGGGAUUAUGAGGAAAGCUCCUCUGAUGAUGAGAAGAACGAACCAUCCUCAACUAGUGGAGUAGAGGACCCUGAGAUGGAUAACGAAGAUGAUGACGCGGAAGUUAGCAAGGAAGAAGAGACUAUGGAACCGCAAGAAGAGGCAAAGAAUGUUAAAGAAGGGAGUAAAAAGAAGAGACGGAUAUAUGUUAGAAAUACUAAAAUUGACAGGAAUAUCCGUUGGAAAGGCAAAGGAAAGACAUUUGAGGUCGAUUUCAAGUUUAAUCAAGAUGAUCCUCAUGUCUUACUUGCUCAGAUUGCUCAGAAAACAGCGCAGAAGGUUUACAUCCAGAAUUCUGGCAAGAUUGAACGUUCCACAGUGGCUAAUUGUGGUGAUCCUCAAGUCAUAUACUAUGGAGACGAUCCAAAGGAUAGAAAAGAAAUCUCCAACGAUGAGAAGAAAGCCUCACCAGCUCUCCACGCAUCAGGAGUCGAUUUCUCCGCUCUCUGGGAAUUCCAAGACAAGCUUGAUGUCAGGUACUUGUACAGCAACAGCAUUCACGACAUGCUCAACACUUUUGGUGUUGAAGCAGCCAGAGAAACCAUCAUCAGGGAAAUAAACCACGUGUUCAAAUCAUACGGUAUCUCUGUAAGCAUCAGGCAUUUGAAUCUCAUCGCCGACUACAUGACAUUUUCCGGUGGAUACCGUCCAAUGAGCCGUAUGGGAGGAAUUGCAGAAUCAACCUCUCCGUUCUGCAGAAUGACUUUUGAAACAGCAACUAAGUUCAUUGUCCAAGCAGCUACUUAUGGAGAAAAGGACACUCUAGAAACUCCAUCUGCUAGGAUCUGUCUCGGCUUGCCCGCUCUCUCAGGAACAGGAUGCUUCGAUUUGUUGCAGAAAAUGGAGCUCUGA